CGUAUUCACUGAUCUGUCUCUGGAUAUGUGACUAAUGUUAACUCAAUGAAGAUUACAUGAAACUUUAGAAACAGUCUGAAGAAGCGAGCCUCUCUGCUUCCUUUAGUGUGUGCUGUGUUUGAUUUGAUGUGAAAGACUGUGCACUAGAAGUCAUGUUACUGUAGUGCUCUCGGUGUGCAGGAGAAGAUUCACAGCUCUUAAAAACAAGUAGCCGACACCAGUUUCCCAAUGGCAGAAAACAACUUUCCUCCUCUGCCUGGCUUCAUUCCUCUGAAGCCGUGCUUCUACCAGGACUUUGAGGAGAUUCCUGACCAGCACCGCACCAUGUGCAAGAGACUCUACCAUCUGUGGAUCUUGUACGGGGUGACGCUGCUGGUGAACUUCUUGGGCUGUAUGGCGUGGAUGUUUGGAGGUGGAGGAGUGACUAACUUCGGCAUGUCCAUCAUCUGGGUUAUUCUCUUCACCCCCUGCUCUUACGUCUGCUGGUUCAGACCCAUUUACAACGCCUUCAAGACCGACAGCUCAUUCUACUUCAUGGCAUUCUUCUUCGUGUUCAUGGCACAACUUUUCAUUGCUAUAAUUCAGGCCAUAGGAAUACCAGGAUGGGGUGUCUGCGGCUGGUUGGGCACCAUCUCCUUCUUUGGCACGAGUAUCUUUGCCUCCAUCAUCAUGUUGAUCCCCACCCUCAUGUUCACCGCAGUCGCUGUCAUCUCAUUCGUGGUGCUCACGAAGGUUCAUAACUUCUACCGCGGCAGCGGCGGCAGCGUGAGUAAAGCGCAAGAGGAGUGGGUCUCCGGAGCCUGGAAGAAUCCUCACGUCCAGCAGGCGGCUCUGAGCGCAGCGGCCGGAGCGAUGCAGGGGCCACAGGGGCCACAGGGACCCCAGGGACCGCCCUACUCCACUCCCUCCUACGACAACACUGUGUAAAACACAGCCCAGCCUGCAGGCUUCAGAGCAGACUGACCCUCAACACCAGGUGCAACCAACCAAGUGAUGCUUGGAAUCUUUCGCUUCUUUAAUGUACAUGUUUGUGUCUUUGUUCUGUGUUUUGUGUCUGUUUUGGCCUAUUUGCUCCCAGCUAAGAAAAAUAUGUUCUGAGAACGUUUUCCUAAUAUUCACAUUAAGUUAGGAAAACAUUCAAAACAUCCCGGUUUUAAAACUUUUUUGAUCAUUUAAUUGUAUCAUUUUCCAAACAUUCCAUGAACGUUACAUUUGAAUAUUCUGAACAUUCUAAUGAAUAAUGUACACAUAACAUUUGUUACUGGUAGAAUAUUUGUUCAUAACUUUCUGAGAACAUCUCCUGUUAGCUGGGUUGCUCUUAUGUGACUGUAUUAAAUUAUAAAUUAGUUUAUGUAGGUUCAAAUUUGUAAUCAGGGUUCCCAUGAUCACGAAAAGUUGGAAAUAUCAGGGAAUUUAAAAAAUGUGAUUUUUAGUCUAGGAUAUAAUGCAAUAUUUAAAUAUUAAUUAAGCUAUAAACUGUUUGUGAAUUGAAAAUAAUGAAAAAUAUUCUUUUGAUCUUUUAACCACAAACGAUUAAAAGUGUUUAUGCAUUUUAGUUGUGACUAUAUAGUUUCUAGUUAUUCUAGUUAUUGUUUUACAUGAUUUGAUAUUCUAGAAACUGCUCAAGUGAGAGCAACCUCAAUUAUAUGACUUCUAAAAACAUUUUAGUAUUGAUGAAAGGACUAGAUGAUUACUGUAUUAAGUAAUUAGGUUUUGUGUGUGUGUGUGUGUGUGUGUGUGUGUGUGUGUGUGUGUGUGACGUGUUUUAGCUGUUCAUUUACACAACAGCAGCAUUUCAGAAGCCUGAAAACACAUAAAAAGUACAAAGAGCACGUUUUUGAAACGAUACAGUUACCAUCUCCAUAUAAACUAUAAAAAUCACGGAUUACAGUUUUUCUCAGUCACUUUGGUGCAUUUUUCAAAACAGAAAUGAAAUUUUCAAAACUACUUGUACAACCUCCACAUCAUCUAGUCAUUAAUACACAUCAUAAAACCAGUUUCUCAUUCUUUUGAACAAGUUGCCAUUGCUUUUGUACAUUCAUGCAAUUGAUUACGCACAUUUAUCUGCGGUUUCCUACAUUAUCAGUUGCUAAUGUCAUGUUGCUCAAAAUGUAUUAUACAGUUUUCUGUGCAAUAGUCUUACCCCCCAAAACAUCUAGUCUUUAGUUCAUCGUAUAAGUCAUUAAAUGCAAAAUGGUUAAUCUAGUUGUCAUAAACUGCCAAGCACACUUUUUAUUUGUAUUUUUACACACUAUUAUUAGAUGUUUUGUCAAUUUGGCAUGAAUUGUGCAAGUGAAUCUUGACUAAUGAAGAGAAUGUAGAUGAUAAACCAAUGAUAAACCAUUUCUCUGAAAUAGCUCAAAGGUUCAUCUCAUGAAUCUUCAGUAGGAAAGCUUAUACUGUAUAGACAAAGGACAACACAAGAGUUACAAAUUCUGAAAAUGGAAUUAUUUUCAUCUUUGUUCCCAUAUUUCCUUUUCUAUAUGACAAUGGCAUUGUAAAAGUAUUUUUUAUUUUUUUAUUUUUUUGGUCAGACCACUAGUAAAAGUGUAACUGGGAAUUCUAUCCAGUCUCUUUCAAUCAACAUCCCACAAACAGUAAUGUGUAAAUGUGUAGUUUUGAAAUGGAUAUAUGGCAUACAUAAGCAUAUGGCAUACUGUUCAAUACAGUAGUUUACAUCAGAACAUCCCUCCCCUGUUAAAUUGACAACAUGACUAAGCAAUUUGACUGUCUUAUCCGUAAACUAUGACACAAGGACUUGACAUUCUGAUGGCACUGACAUGUUCAUUGACACAGAUAUUUAUUUUUGAGAGAUGAACUAAGGAUUUUGAGCAAGAGACUGGCUUUUGCAGGUCAUCCAUUGUGUUUUGAUAUCUGUACGAGUUGUUUUGAGAAAUGCACUUACUGUUUUGCAAAUCUCAAGAAUGAUUAGAGAAAUGUACCAAAGCGACUGAGAAAAACUGUAAUGAAUACAGUUACACUGUAUCAUGUGCAUGCGUAUUGCAACCAUAAUACAGCAUUUUUCGUUGUUUGAGUGGGUAUCAUUUUUGAUAACGUUGUCAUCUGUAUACAAAACUUUUCAAGAAUGCAUGUGUCUAUAUUUAGUGCAUCAUUGUUGUGUACAUGGACCCUUAGACUUAUUUUAUUUGAGAUAUGUGUAUGUGUUGAAAAUACUUAGCCUGAGGGGCCUCUGUGUGUUCAUGGAUGUUGAAGAACGCAGAUGAAACAGUCCUGUUUGAUAUGCACUGCUGUUUUUAUUUUAUUUUUUGCGAUUUAAAACAUUUAUUGUGAUUUCUAAGUGAUAUGAAGCAAAUGUUACUGAUUGACAACUUGAAUUUAAAUAAAGCACCAACAUCUA